UCUCGGCGCUCUUAGAAAAUGGCGGUGUGAAGCCGCUUCCCGCUCUUCUGUGUUUUAUCUGAUCUUGCUGGGCGGAUUUACUGUGAGAUGUGUCUCUUCUAACUGACGUUACCGUGAGGCCUGUGGUGGUGGGAAGUAUUGUGAGACCUGGGGUCCGAAUCCUGUUUUUGUGCGACAGGCAACAACAAGAUGGCAAAAAGAAUUGCAGACAAGGAGUUGACUGACCGGAACUGGGAUGAAGAGGAUGAGACAGAGGAAGCAGGAACCUUUUCUGUGGCCCCUGCAGAUGUCUUGAAGACCAGAGAGAUAAAGAAAGCAAAAAGAAGAAACACUGGAAGUGAAUCUGAAGUUUCUGGUGCUUUUAAAGGAUUUAAAGGCUUGAUUCCGUCAUCUGGAGGUGCAUUUUCUGCAUUUGGAAAUGGAUCUGGAUUGAAACCUUUAGAAGGAAUGACAAAUGGAACUGUCAGCACACCAAAACCGCUUUUCUUUCCCACUGUGAAAACGACUUCCGAGACUAAACCGGCCUUUGGUUCUCUGCUUUUUAAUGGUCCUUCCUCCACACAUUCUGGAUCUGCUAGCACUGCAAAAACCAAUGGAGAACGGACUCAGCCUACCUCUGUUCCUGGAUCAGCAUCAAAUAAGCCUUGUAGCAGUGACUACAACAAACAGUUAACGUCGCUCAAUUGUUCUGUACGUGAUUGGAUUGUAAAGCAUGUGAAUGCAAAUCCCCUGUGUGACCUGACACCAAUUUUUAGAGACUAUGAAAAACAUUUAUCAAGCAUUGAGCAGAAGUAUGGCAAUAUCACUGAUAGUGGUUCUGAAAGUGACAGCAGUGGCAGCCAAGCCAAAAUCAUUCCAAUAUCAGGUGUCCCAAAAUUAGAAAAACCUCCAACAUUUACCUUUAGUAGUAAAGAAAAUCCAUCAGACAAGAAAAAAGAUACUGAAGAAAAGAAACCACAGACUGCGCCAAGCUUUAACUUUGGACAGAAAGUUGACAGUUCUGUGUUUAGUGUUGGCGCUGCUGCUGGAUUUUCAUUUUCCUCUGGUGUUGGCUUUGGCAAAGACGCAAAUAAAACGAGUACAACGGUCUCAUCGUUUCCAAUCCAGCCAAAGGAGUCAAGUGGCAACAGUGAAGAUGCAGGGGGUGCUGAGGAAGAGGAGGAACCUCCCAAAGUAGUAAUCAAUGAAGUAAAAGAAGAGGAUGCCUUCUAUUCUAAAAAGUGUAAACUCUUCUACAAAAAGGACACAGAGUUUAAAGAGAGAGGUGUUGGUACACUUCAUUUAAAGCUUAUGGGAAAUCAAAAGACCCAGCUGUUGGUUCGCGCUGAUACGAAUUUGGGAAACAUAAUGUUAAAUAUUUUGGUUCAGCCUUCGAUGCCAUGUUCGAGAACAGGAAAAAACAAUGUUAUAAUAGUGUGCGUUCCAAACCCACCAGUGGAUGAAAAGAACCCUGCAGUUCCUGUUACCAUGUUAAUUAGAGUGAAAACCACAGAAGAUGCUGAUGAGCUUCACAGAUUAAUACUUGAGAAAAAAGAAAUGUAAAGCACAGAAUAUUUUUUUUUUUUUUUUUACUACUUUGUUGCUCAUCCUAGAAUUUAAUGUUGCAAUUUAUUACCUUAACUGAGGCUACUCUGUAUGCUGAAAGGUUGUAUUAAUCAUAUCAAGAAGGCAAUAAAAGCAUUUAAGUAACCUA